AUGGCGUCAACCGACACUGUAGAGAGAAAGCCUGCCGUCAUACACGAUGAGAACUCUCUUAAGGGCGAACUUACACCUCCUCAACAGGGGCACGAGCUUGUCGAGUUUGACAAGAAAUCAGAGAAGAAACUCGUUCGCCGAAUUGAUUACCGUCUACUGCCUAUCCUGGGUGCGAUGUAUUCGAUUGCUCUCAUCGAUCGAGUAAACAUAUCAGCCGCGCGUAUCUCCGGGAUGGACAGGGACCUACAACUAUAUAUCGGCGACAGGUACACUAUAUGUUUGGUUGUCUUCUUCCCGGGAUAUAUGGUCCUCGAGAUGCCGAGUAACCUUGUACUACGGAAAGUUGGUACAGCAAAUUGGCUUGCAUUCAUAACCUUUGCCUGGGGGACUGUAAUGUUGGGUCAAGGUUUUGUCAAGAACUACCACGCAUUGGCUGUGUGUCGAGCACUGCUUGGGGCCUUUGAAGCUGGUUUCUUUCCUGGCUGCGCAUAUUUGAUCCAGUGCUGGUACGUCCGGUACGAAGUCCAACAGCGACUCGCCUGGUUCUACCUGACUUCGGUGUUCGUCGGAGGCUUCUCGUCUAUUUUAGCAUAUGGUUUGAUACAGAUGGAAGGCCUCUCUGGCAUACGUGGUUGGCAAUGGAUCUUCAUAAUCGAAGGUCUUUUGACUAUUGUUGUCGCUCUCGGUGCAUGGUUUCUCAUUGUCGACUUUCCAGAUAAGGCUCAUAAGACAGGUCUUCUCACCGAACACGAAGCGAGCUUUGUCGCGCAACGGAUCGAGAAAGACCGUGGGGACGCCAUCCCGGACGCCCUAACGUGGUCGACGUUCAAGACUCACCUGAUGGACCUCAAACUAUGGGCUUUUGCACUGAUGUUCAUGGGCACUACUAUGCCGGCAUAUGCACUGGCGUAUUUUGCUCCUGUAAUCGUUUACAGCAUGGGCUAUUCGAUCGGUGUCACACAUCUGCUAUCUGCACCACCUGUCAUCUUUGCUGUCAUCGUCUCGCUUAUUGUUUCACGAUUGUCGGACAAAUUCAAGGUCCGAGCACCGGCCAUUACCUUCCAAUGCUUGAUUUGCAUUGUUGGGCUAAUGAUGACAGCCUACUGCGAGGGCAACGUUGCUCGAUAUUGGGGCCUUUUCUUUGGAUUUGCAGGGUGCCAGGGAAAUAUUCCAACAAUCUUGGCCUACCAAUCGAACAAUAUUAGAAUGCAAUCGAAGCGCGCUGUAGGCAGCGCUAUGCAGAUAGGUUUUGGCGCUAUCGGAGGGAUCAUGGGCUCGACAGUGUUCCGUCAAAAGGACGCCCCCCGAUACGUGACCGGCCUCUGGGUGACAGCGGGGUUGCAGCUUUGGAUCCUGCUUCUGCUGGCAUGCACCACGACCUACUUCAUGAAGAUGAACAAGAAGGUUGAUAAGGGGACGUUGGUGAAACCGCUCGAGGGUCAGCCAGGAUUUAAGUUCACCUUGUGA